GUCAGGCGUGCUGGUAUGCACGGUGGAUGGGGUAUUCCCAUAUCGCUGUAGACAUCCUGGUAACUCGCCAUUCGACACAAAGUCUUUUUUUCCCCCGAGGGAUAUAUAAAGCCGAGUGGACAGGGUGGAGUACGACACAUUAUCUGAGCACCUUGGCGAGUACUGAUCUUCAGCAGCGCUAAGGAGUCAUUCCGUUCGACAUGCAGACCUUUGUUGUUUUCUCCGCCGUUCUGGCUUGCACCUUUGCUUCGCCUCUGGUGAAGCUGGUGCCCGGUGCACCGAUCGGACUGGACGGCCGAGUAGUGGACACCACGGAAGUGUCGUUGGCCAAGGCCGAGCAUGCGGCCGCUCACGCCAACGAGAGGAUUAAUCUGGCGAAAGAAGCAGCCAGAUCGGCCGACCACGUGCUCGCUUACGUCGCACCGGCCGAUGUGGCCGUGAUCGGUAGAUCUCAAUUGGUGCAACCGAUUGCGGUGGCGACGAAACUGGUUCCCGGUGCGCCGAUCGGGCUCGACGGGCGCGUGGUCGACACUCCGGAAGUGGCCCUCGCCAAGGCGGAACACGCGGCGGCGCAUAUCAACGAGAAACUCGGCCACGAAGUUGCGAGAUCGGCCUCCCAGUCGGUCGUCCUCUUGGAUCACGGCGUGCCGCUCGUUAAUUACUACGUUUAUUAAAUUUAACUCACACAUUAUAUCUGCAUACAAUAAUAUUGCUCAUGUCAAAAUGUAAAUAAAUAAGGAUUAUU